AUGCCAGGAUCUUCGCCAAUGAGGCCCCAAGAACCCAUCAAGCGCAGACGGGGUAGACCCCCUAAGAACAACAAACUGCCCGAGGCCUUCCCUACCCUCACCUUACAAUUUCAGACUUCUCCUGAAUCGGGCUCUCCUACUGCGGAGUCGAAUUCAAACAUGAUGGUGAAGAUGGGUGAACCUGAUACUUUCACUCCAUUGAUGAAGGUGUCCCCAUCCAAUCCUUCGUCGAGAAAGCGCAGACGCAAGAGUAAUUACCAUUCUGAUAUCGACGACUCUCCCAGCAAAAGAUCAGUGUUAAGCCAGAACACAGACUUGGGUUCAGAAGAGCCUCUUUUGACACCAAUGUCAUUGUCUUCUGUCAACGGAGGCCCAAGUCUGUAUGUGAAUGCUAAAACCUUGGAAAAUUUGUCAUUUAUCACGAAAGGCGACUCGAAACAUGAAUCUGCUUCGACGUAUUCGCUAGCUACUCCUCCCAAACACAAUGCUUUUGAUAGAAACGGUUCUUCGCUGGCGAAACUUACCGAAAGUACUAUCGAAUCGUCGUCGAACACUGGCACCGAGAACGAGAAGGUCAAACUCGCACCUACCAUUGAGAGUCUGGCGGACAGCAUGAGUUAUGUUGAUGAUGAUUCCUUCCUGUUCCAACUUGUUGUUGACGAACGUGGAAAAGCUGUCUUGUCCAAUAAAGGUUUGUCCAAGUCAAACCCGAAGGUCUUCCAUAGAGAUACCAAUGACCACCUUUCGGAAUUUCCCCAUGAGAUGACUCGUCCUUCUAUUUUGACUCAUUCGAACACUGCCAUAGGCAUUGAAACGUUUCAUCGUAUAACGAAAGACGGCUCAUCUAAUGACAAACCCAAGAGAAAAUUAUCGGAGCCCACGAAACCUGUGCUUCCAUCGUAUGCGUCACUUGUGUCAUCAUCAGACAAUGAUGCUCUGCCUGAAAAGCUCAUCGUGCCACAAACUCCACAAAGUAAUACUCUUGCUUUCAGUGAAACACCGAUUUUCAUGCAAACAGAUACUAGCGCUCCCCAAGGGGAUUUGGCGUUUAACUUGACUCCACAGUUCAAUGCUAUGAUGUACCUGAUGAUGAGUAUUAACUCACCACAGCAGAAGAGAAACUUUUCUCAGCAACAGCCAUUUUUGAAUCCUCAGAUUGACUUGAACCAAUACAACAGACUCAAUGGCGGUCAGGCACAUGCAAUUGAUACCCGUGAAUUGCUUGGAGCUCAAGACUCAACCCCAAACAGCGCAUCUUCUGAUGAAGGUGAUGCUCGAGCAGCCCUUCGCAAAGCAUUCAAUAGAGGAAAGUAG